GGCAGCAGGAAGGACACUACCGCAGUACGAGCGCGUAGUACAUGAGAUGUGGUGCGUGACAGUGACAAUAUGGGUGUGGCUGGUACGCCCGGCCGCGCCGCUGCUGUGUAAACGCACGCUGCGCCGCGCCGCGCCAAAAGCGGCACCGACCGACCACGCGUUCGCGUCGCGCAAGAGCUGGGAGGACCUCGGGGCGCCGCGCGAAGCGGUCCGAGCCGUCGCCCGCCGCGGCUUUCCGGCACCGACGCGCUGCCAAGCGCUGGCGUACGGCGCUAUUGCCGGAGGCCGCGACGCGCUCGUCGCCGACCAGACCGGUUCCGGAAAAACGCUCGCGUACCUCCUGCCACUGGUGAGUCGCCUCCGCGCGGCCGAGGAGCGGUCGCCCGAGCGCCCUUCGCCCGCGCCGAGGCCGCGCGGCGCCUGCGCGCCGCGCGCCGUGGUCGUUGCGCCGACGGCGGAGCUCGCGGCGCAGAUCGGCGGCGUCGCGCGUGAGCUGAGUGACGGGGGGCUCCGGUGCCGCGUCCGCGUCGCGACGGCGGCCCGGGCCGCGGCGCGCGACGCCGCGACGUUGAGGGGGGCGUGCGACGUGCUCGUCAUUACGCCCGGGCGGCUGGAGCGAUUACUAGGCGACGGGACCGUCUCCCUUCGCGCCGCGACGGACGUCGUGCUAGACGAGGUCGACGGGCUCGCCCUCGCGGACGGCGGGGCCGCGCUCGCGCCCCUGCGAGACUUGGAGGCGCGCUUCGUUUUUGUCACCGCCACUCUGCCGCGGACGCUGGAGAAGACGCUCCGCGCCGAAUUUCCGGGACUGGAGGUCCUCAAGGGCCCGGGCCUCCACCGCGCGCCGCCGGGCCUCGACGUCCGACUGGUAGACUGCACGCCCGACGCUUCCGGUGAAUCGCCGGACCCGACGUUUUCCCGCAAGGCGCGCGCGCUCCUGACGGCCCUCGGCGCGGGCGCCCCGGCGCGCGCCCUGGUCUUCUGCAACACGAUAGAGGGCUGCCGCCGCGCCGAGAACGCGCUCCGGCGGGCCGACCGCCGCGGCCGCGCGCGGCGCGUCCUCGCGUUCCACUCGGCGCUGGCGCCCGACAAGCGGCGGGCCGCCGAGGACCUCUUUCGGGGCGCGUCGCGGGACGCGCCCGUCGUGUUGGUGUGCACGGACCGCGCGGCGCGCGGCGCGGACUUUGGGGGCGAAGCCGUGGACGUCGUCGUCCUCUUCGACUGGCCGCGCGACCCGAACGAGUUCCUGCGGCGCGUCGGCCGCGCGGCGCGCGGCGGCCGCGCGGGCGCCGCCGUCGUCCUGGCCGCCGGCGCGACCUUGCCGCUCGCGCGGCGCGUCGUCGCCGACGCGCGGCGCGGCGCCGACGUCGCCUUCGCGGGCGACGACGAUUUCUGGGAGAGCGCCGACGACGGGUAA